UAAUAAUCAUCGUAUCUAAACAACAGCCGAAACAACCUCCUCCAAUCCUUCAUUUCACCAUGAAUUUCUUCAAAUCCAUUUUACUAGACGAUCCGGACCCUCCCAAAUCCCAUAAUUCCGAUCAACCCGGUCCAAAUUCCCCCCUCAAACCGCCUCAUCAAGAUCAGGAAGGCACUGCUGCUGAUGGGUGGAGUUUCGGAGGUUUGAUUAAAACUUUGGCUACCCGAUCCGAAUCGGUGAUCGAAACGUACCGUAAAGAUCUGGAGGAAUUCGGAUCGGGUCUGAAAAAAGAGUCCGAGAUAAUCCGGGAGGCCGCCAGCCGAGCCGUGAAGGAUCUCCCGGCUUCACUCGAAGCCGGCACUUCAGCUGCGCAGGGCGUGCUGGAUGGUGUGCUGAAGUCAACAGCCGAAAUCAUUUCGAAGGAAACCCAAGCUUUCGGGUCGGAUGGGGAACCCGAGACCCCGGAAACGAAUCGGGGCUUGAAUUCGGGUCGGUACAGUUGGUUUGAAUCUCAGGUGAGUGCUGUUCAGAGUGAUCCGAAUACUUUCUGUGAAGAGCCGGAGGAUGUGGAGGAGUACAAGAAGUGGAAACUGACGUUUGAUCUGGAUGAGAAGAAGGGCGAAAUCGAGGAUAUGGUUGGGGAGAAUGGGAAUUUGGAGGGUGUUUACGAAAGGGUUGUUCCGAGUGUGGUUGAUCACGAGACGUUUUGGUGUCGGUAUUUUUACAGAGUGGUUAAACUGAAGCAGCAGGAGAGUGUUAGGGCGAAUCUUGUGAAGAGAGCGAUUUCGGCUGAUGAAGACGAUGAUCUGUCGUGGGAUGUCGAUGAUGAUGACGUUGUUGUGGCAAAAGAUGGUAAUGGGAGUAAGGUAAAGAGUGGUGCAGAGGUGAAAGAAGUGAAGUCCGAAGUGAACAGAGACGAGCUCAGGAAGCAGUUGAGUGUUGAAGACGAUGGAGACGAGGAUUUGAGUUGGGAUAUUGAAGAUGAUGAUGAUGAUAAUAAUGUGCCGGUGAAAUCGAAAUCGUGA